CAGCAGGAACAUCUGAACAAGAUGGCCUAGGUCAGGCUGGCUGCUCAGGCCUACCUGUGCCAUCGGUGGAGGCAUGAUCUCAGCAGGGACCCUCUGCAGCCUGCUGCUCCUCAGUGUGCUUUGGGUGGACUUGGCCAUGGCCGGCUCCAGCUUCCUGAGCCCUGAACAUCGGAAAGCCCAGCAGAGAAAGGAGUCCAAGAAGCCCCCAGCCAAACUACAGCCCCGAGCGCUGGAAGACUGGCUCCACCCCAAGGGCAGAGGGCAAGAGGACAAGGCAGAAGACGAGCUGGAGAUCCAGUUCAAUGCUCCAUUUGAUGUUGGCAUCAAGCUGUCCGGGGCUCAGUACCAGCAGCACGGCCAGGCCCUGGGGAAAUUUCUUCAGGACAUCCUUGGAGAAGAGGCCAAAGAGGCCCCUGCUGACAAGUGACACCGCAGGAUGGCUGCUGUCUUCCUCCCAUCCCCCUAGUGCUUCUGUAAGAACUCCCAAUGCCCUGUGCUAUUUAAGAGGCAAAUAAAGGUUCCAACUGCAA